AUGGAAUCCAAACCUAUUCAAUUCUGUGAUACAACAACGGUUUUGACCUAUAUGGAAGCGAAUUUUCGGUUUAAUCUUGCUCUGAAGAUUCCUUCAAUACGGAAAGCCGAAAAAGCAGCACCUCUGGUCAUCAACCGUCUGGAGCUUCACGAUAAUCGUCUUAUUGUGAAUGACACAGAAUACAAGAUGAAAGUUUAUCGAGAAUGCCAAACGGGAGGAUGGUCCAGUGAUGAGGUGGAUUACGAUUUUGAUGGAAAAGGGUUCCAAAUUAGUCUUGACGAAAGCAUUCAACCCGGAGACGUGCUAUUUUUUUACGAUGGGAAUGAGCAUCGGCAAAGAAAGUGGUUAGCUCAUGAUUGUCCGGAGAUAAAGAGUUCACUUCCUUGCAAUCAUUAUAUCCGAUUGUAUGUCGCUGGUUCAAUGUACGAAUUACCGUAUAAAAGUAUGAAAAUCUACCAAUUGAUGAAGAGACUUCUCACAAUGUUCAUUGGAAAUCGACGUGGAGAAUGGAUAAUCAAGGAUUUUCGUCCUCAAAACAAUGUGCUGCGUUGGCCAGUGGAUACACGGAAACCAAUUGUUCGAAAUUUCGAUAUUGGUACAUAUCGUCAUAACAAAAUUGAUGGCCUUCAACCAAUCAUCGACACUAGUGUCCCAAUACCCAUCCUCAAAAUGAGAGCCACUUCAAUUACAAUUGAAGAUCAUCCACUUUUGAAAAAUGUCGAGCAUCUCAUGAUUUCCAACCACCUAUUUACCUAUGAUUUCUCCGAUUUGUUUUCAAUUCAAACUCCCAAUGUGACUCUUACAACUCCAGCACCACUUGAUAAAUUUACUCUCGGCCGACUAAUUUCUAAAUUGAUGGAGAAACCGCGCCCCAUUGGAGUUCGUUAUUCGAUUCUUGUUAGGAAGAAGAUGAAUCUCAAUCAAUACAAUCACCCGGCAGAGAUUAGAAAAUACAAAGACGCUAUCAGAUUGGCCAUGGGAAAUGAAGCUGUUGCAGUUGUUCGCUCUAUGAAAUUGGCAAUGGGAAAUGAGGCUAUUGUCGUGGUUCAAUACACAACGAUGAAUUCAAAAAUUUGGUUGAAUGUAGAAACUGUUCCAAAGAAGAAAUAG